AUGAAGAUGACUGGGUUGCACGUCCUAUCCGUGCUGCUAGUGGCAUGGAGCACAUUGGUGUCGGCCCAGACUGAUGCUCCAACAUCCGAGCCCCUGCCAACGGAGCAUCCCUGUGUGGCCAAUCUUCCGGAUGCCCCAUCUUGCUGGAGCAGCUUGGACGAUGUCUGGUGCAGUGAAUGGCAAGUCUCGCAGAAUCAGACCAUGACGCGAACCUACUACUUGUGUCCGGGAGAAUAUAUUGUAGGGGAUCCAGUCUCGAACGACGGGGCUCAACCGUGGUUUGGUGGCGAGCGGGGAAUAUUCUUGACACCAAACGUGGAGAUUAUCUGCGGUGACGAUGGAAUUGCUUCCACCGAUUGUACUUUGACGGGAGGAACCUUCCAGCUUCAAGCUACAAACGGUGGCGAACCUGGAAGUAACCUGGUGCAAGGAAUUACGUUCAAUCAAGCCAACACGUUUACCUUUGCCGGUGGUUUUGCAGCAACACAGGACUUGACUUUUAAGGACUGUGCAUUCCUCAAUAACUACAACAUAUUUGUAUGGAACAUUGCAGACGACCCAGACAGUAUUCUACCCAUUACCUACACGUUAGAAGAUGUUCUUUUCGAGAACAACGCAGUGGUCGUCGCCGGAAACCAACCUGGACUCGUCGCUAUGAACAACCCUGCUGCCACCUUGGUGUUGAAAAAUGUCAUUUUCCGUGAAAACAGUGCAGCAAUCGAGGGAAAUUCGGUUGGAUUCGCAGUCAACUCGGUAGGUGGCUUGAAUAUGACCGACGUUUGCUUUUUGAACAAUCGCUGGUCCGUGGCUCCCGUUAUAUCGAUUGGAGCAUCCACCAACGCCAGCAAUAUCUUUUCGACAGAACAAGAAGAAGCCUUGUUGUGUGAGUUUGCCGCCGAAGUUGACACGUCCAACAAUUUGGUGUGUACGAUUGACAACGAUUCUGAAAUUUGUUCGGUCAUUGGAGUGACGGAAUCUCCCACCAUGAGUCCCAGCAUUGCGGAUUCCGAAAGCCCCACCACGGACGAGCCAACCAUAGCACCGGUGGUCGCACCCACCGUUCCAGAAGAGGCUCCCACCCCCACAGGUGCGGAUAGUGCUGCUCAUGGGCAUACCACAAUGACGAUCUUGCUAGCGUCUGUUAUCGGCCUUGGGCUUCUUGUGGUUUGA